GGCGAACCAAUGAGGAGAAUCGCGUGCGUGACGAAACAGGCGCCGCCUUCCAGGCACUUGCAGCCGUUUUUCCAAAUGUUUUUAUUUAUUACAUUUGUAGUUGCCGAGUGUACCGGUUGUAUGUGCACUUCCUCAGGUCGCGCAACAGAGUGUACAAUCGUGCGCGCUCAAAGCCCCGCCCGCAACAGACAGACAAACAAUACGAAAACUUCACUAUUACGAUAUCUUUCCGACUGUCUGGCCGAUUGUUCAACUGAUGGACUGUAAGUGUUUGAGUGCUUAUUUUGAGUAAGUGCCGUCGCGAAUAAAUACGAUGGACAAUUCCGGUAUGGACCCAGCGAGUGAUCACAGUAGUCACGCGUCUUCCGGAUCACCGGCCGUUGCUAUCAAACAAUCCCCAUCGCCGCCGAAUCAUUUAUCGCACAACCACAAUCACCACAAUCAGGUGCACAGCCCGAGACAGGCCAGUCCUCUAGGUCCGCCGAUGUCGAUGGCUCAUCCACUGUCGCCGCCGCCGGUAUCAUCGGCCAGUUUGGCCCGAAGCAUGGCUUUAGGACAUUUACCGCCGCCCGGAUUGGGCCUGUUGAAUUCCUUAGGUGUGUUGCACAAUCCUUUGGAUUUGAUGGCCCACCACGCGCCACCGCGUUCUUACAAUAGCCCGCCGCCGAUUUCGACGUCCGAUCCAACGGCCAACGAGUGUAAAUUGGUUGAUUAUCGAGGACAAAAAGUGGCCGCAUUUAUAAUAGCCGGCGACACGAUGUUGUGUCUUCCUCAAGCAUUCGAACUGUUUUUGAAGCAUUUAGUGGGUGGUUUGCACACGGUAUAUACCAAACUUAAACGUUUGGACAUCGUACCGCUCGUUUGUAACGUCGAACAAGUUCGCAUUUUGCGAGGACUCGGAGCUAUUCAACCCGGUGUCAACAGAUGCAAAUUGCUUUCAUGCAAAGACUUUGAUACGCUGUACAAGGACUGCACAACGGCCAGUUCCAGGCCCGGUCGUCCCCCCAAGAGAGCGCCCGUUGGACUCAGCCUGGCCGCCACGCAUCUGCAGCACCAGCAACUUAAAAAACAGCGGAUGGACAAUGGGGAUUAUCCAUACGAAAACGGACACAUGGGUGAUAUGUCGCGACUAGAAAAAUCCCCGUUAUUAGCAAACGGCUACAACCACCCGCCGCAUUUAAGUCAUAUGCAGUUCAUGCAGUUACCGCAUCCUGCCGCUGCACAUUCGGCGCUGCUGUCGCCGGCGAUGCCGCACAACCUGGCCAGGCCGGACGGAUCCGUCAUCAAGAACCAGGGAAUGCCCACCAUGGAGGCCAUUGCAAGAUCUGGAAUUUGGGAAAACUGUCGAGCAGCUUAUGAAGACAUUGUCAAACAUCUAGAAAGAGUAGAAACGUGGAGAAUGAGGCUCGGACAAGAACAUGAGAAAGUACUUUUGAGGUGUGAUCCUGGACGAUAUGCUGCUGAAGAUUUCUACCACAAGAAUAAUAGAAGGAGGUUACGGGAAGAACACAUUGACCCAGAUAAACCUCUACCUUUAGAUCAAAAGCCGAGAGAUCUCAGUCCUCGAAAUUUAUCGCCAACCGAUCACAGUCCAGUAUUGAAUCUAUCUAAAAGCGGGGGCGGCAGCGCCGGAUCUCUGGGGGAUAACGAUCAUUCGGGCAGCGAAGCGGACGGUGCUGAUGUUCCACCAUCGCCCAGAUCACCCAGAUCGGCGGCGGAAGAAGAAGAUGACGACAAUAUAUCAGAGCCGGAAGACGAUGACGACAAAGAUCAAGACAUGGACGACGGUGAUCUUCCGCUUCCUGCGGCUCCGGGCAGCGACUCCCAGCACACGGCCCUUAACUAUUCGACGCUAGCGAGCGCCGUGGCGCAGGCGAACGGCCCGACGGCCGAUCCCAGCAUCUCGUCCACGGAAACCCUCCUCAGGAAUAUCCAAGGUCUGUUGAAGGUAGCGGCGGACAACGCGCGCCAGCAGGAGAGGCAGAUCCAUUACGAAAAAGCUGAACUCAAAAUGGAUGUUCUGAGAGAAAGAGAAGAAAAAGAAAACUUGGAAAGACAGCUAAUUGAAGAACAAAAAUUAAGAGCGCUUGUACAAAAAAGAUUGCGAAAAGAAAGAAGAACUCGAAGACAGCUACAGGAACAAAUUGAUAUAGAAAACAAGCGAAGGACUCAAUUGGAAGAUGCUCUCAGAUCAGCUGGAGCAUUAGAGCAGAUUAAUAAAAUAAAUGAAAAACUGUCGCAAUUAGAGCAAACUCCCAGCAACCACCAGCCGGUGACCAGCAGCUCGUCUUCGGUGGUCAAUCCGCAGAAUUCGUCGCCCGCAUCGUCCGAUCGCCCGGAACGAACGGUCGAACGUCCGGACCGUUUAACCGACCGCAUUUCCGAACAACGUCCCGUCGACAGGAUAAAGCAGGAACGAGAGGACCCGCCGAAUUCGGGCUACGGUCAUUCGACGGUCAGAGAAGUCAGAGACGCUCCUCAGCAGCCUCCGAUGCCCCAGGAGAGCAAACCUUGGACUUACGCCGGUAUCGAAUUGAUGAACACUGGCGCUGCCUUUUGGCAGAAUUAUUCCGAUUCUUUGGCUCAAGAACUCGAAUUGGAGAGGAAGUCGCGUCAACAGCAAGUCGAAAGAGACACAGUUAAGUCACCCUUGCAGGAUCGAUCUGGUUACUACAAAAAUUCAGUAAUGUUCACAAGUAGCGCAACAUAAGUAUAGUAAUUAAGAAACUUAAAAGAGUUUUGUACAUAAGUACAUAGUUAAUCGAAAUGUUAAUAAAAAUAUUCCUUGAGGAAUUAUCAUAUAGGACAAGUGAAGUUUCUCGUAAAGUUAACUGAAUACCAGUUAAAAAUUAGUAUUAUGAUAACCAGUGAGUAUUUUCUAGAAAGCGAUUUGAAUAUGUUUCGACAGCAACUCGACAUAAUACUUAAACUUCAAUCGUGCACAAAUUUUUGAUAAAUAAAAUUAAAUAGUAGGUACCACUUGUAUGUACAGAUCGAGUGAAAUAGCUGAUAAGGUCGAAUGCGCAGUGGAAAAACUGCGCAAAGCUCAGCUGGUACUCAGUUAGUAACCUCAAAUUGUCACGUUCGCGCAUCUCGAGCUUUUGUUACUCUUGUCGCUGUGUAAGUUAAUUGAGGCAUUCAUACGUGAUUGCACAAACAGAGGAGUUACUUCAGAAGAUGUGUUAAACUCAAGUGAGUACAACUGAUACCCUCAUAAUAUUUAACCCCAUAAAAUAUACACUGGAGCAUUUUUGAAGAGAAAAUUUAUUAUUUGCAUUGUGCUCAAUAAUUUGUUAAACUGUUUUUUGAUUAAUUUUUUACGUUAAAU